GUCUCCACGUGUGUGAUUCCCCCGGCUGCUGAUGUCAUGUCUGGGUUUAGGAGCUCCCAGGACUUUCCUCUGACGCUCUGUCAGACUUUGACUUGUGUCUCGGCUUUAUAGACGCAUAUAAAAGUCUGCUGGGACUCUCACAGCUUCCAGAAGAUAAAGGACGAACGAGGGAAACGUUUCUUUCACUGGAGUCGAGAAUGUAAACCUUUAAAAUUAAACUGGCUGAUCGGAGAAAACUGUGAAUAUAUAUAUCACCUGCUGGGAUGAAAUAACCUGAGGAGCAGAGAUGGUGACGGUUAAACAGCUCCUUUUGGAAACGCUGAAACAAUUGGGAAAAGAGGAGCUAAAAGCUCUACAGUUCCACCUGACUGACCUGCCCGAUGGCUUCUCCAGAAUUCCAAAAUGCGAGCUGGAGGAUGCAGACCGGCAGAAAACUGUGACUUUGAUGGUGCAGACGUACAACCAGCAGGUGCUGGAGGUCGCCAAGAAGGUCUUAAAGGAGAUCAGCAGAUAUGAUCUGGCGCAGAAUCUGUCAGAGAGAAGCUCAGAAAUUCAAGAUGUGGAGACUCAAGUGCCAAAGCCUGCAGAACAGAUCGAUCAGUACCAAAGGAAACUCCAAUCUAACCUCAAGACCAAGUAUGAGAGUGCUCCAGAGGGGAUGGCUCACCGGAGGGACCAGCAGCGUCUGGACGACAUCUUCACCGAGCUGUUUAUCACCACCGGAGGGGAGGUACAAUCAAUCAACCAACAGCACGAAAUCAGGCAGAUUGAAAUAAAAGGCAGGGAUCCAGAGACAGAGAUACCUAUUGAACCGAGAAACAUCUUCCAACGUCCGACCGGAGAAACGAGAACAGUGCUGACAUUUGGAGUCGCAGGAAUUGGAAAAACAUUCCUCGUGCAGAAGUUUGUGCUGGACUGGGCCGCAGGGAAAACAAACCAAGACGUGCACCUGAUAUUUCCCUUCACUUUCCGCCAACUGAAUUUACGUAAAGGAGAAAAGUUUCUCCUGGCUGAUCUCAUCCACACAUUUAUCCGAGAAACCAUAGACAUCCCCAAGAAGGAGCUGACUGACAUCUUCAAAAUGCUGCAGGCUUCAGGAAACCACAGUUUCAAAAACAGCAAAUUUAAACUUUUGUUCGUGUUGGAUGGACUGGAUGAAAGCCGCCUCCAGCUGGACUUUACUCGCAGUGAUCAGCUGACAGCAAACUUUGAUGUGACACAGCCGACCUCAGUGGACGCGCUCAUCUCCGCCCUCAUCGAGGACAGACUGCUUCCUUCUGCUCGAGUCUGGAUUACCACGCGACCUGCAGCGGUCAAUCAGAUCCCCCAAAAGUUUGUCCACUGCAUGACGGAGGUGAGGGGAUUCACUGACCCUCAGAAGGUGGACUUUUUCACAAAACAGUUCCCAGAUGAAAGGCAAGCCAGCAAAAUCAUCACCCACAUCAGGGCUUCGCGAAGCCUCUUCAUCAUGUGCCACAUCCCGGUCUUCUGCUGGAUCACUGCCACGGUUCUACGGGAUGUUUUGCAGACCGGAAGGCUUGCAGAGAUGCCCAAAACUCUCACAGAGAUGUACACAAAUUUCCUCGUGUAUCAGAUCAAACUGACGGGAAAUAGGUGUGGCACACAAAAGAGCAUUCACUACAUUCAGUCGUUGGCAAAGCUAGCUUUCCACCAGCUGGAGAAUGGCAAGCUGAUCUUCUACGAGAAAGACCUGAGAGAGAGUGGCAUUAAUAUCCGUAAAGCUGCACAGUACGCAGAGGUCGGAGUUUUCACAGAAGUCUUUAAAGAUGAGCAAAAAUAUAAAGAUGACGACAAGGGGAAGAUGUUCAGCUUUGUCCAUCUGAGCCUGCAGGAGUAUCUGGCCGCCCUUCAUGUUGUCAUGUCGUUCAUCAACGACAACAAGAAUGUGAUGGCCGAGUGUGAGCUGAAGCUGGAGAAUCUGUUGAUGCUUUGCAAGAGAAAGCGCAUGGCAGAAGUCCAUGAGAUCGCAAUCAACAAAGCGUUGAAGAGUUCAAAGGGACACCUGGACUUGUUCCUACGCUUCCUAAUGGGCCUCUCCCUGCAGACCAACCAGGACCUCCUGAAGCGCCUGUUGAAGAGGACAAAUCAGGCACAAUCUCAGGAUAUCGGCGUGACCAUCAAGUCCAUCAAGGACAAGCUCAGGGAGAACACGUCUUCAGACAGGACCAUCAAUCUGUUCUACUGUCUGAACGAGCUGAGGGACGAUUCUCUCGUGACGGAGAUCGAACAGUAUCUCGGUUCAGGAAGGCUUUCCACAGAGAGACUCUCCCCUGCUCUCUGGUCGGCUCUGGUCUUCCUUUUACUGUCAUCUGAGGACAACCUGGACGUGUUUGACCUGAAGAAAUACUCAGCUUCAGAGGAGGGUCUCCUGAGGCUGCUGCCAGUCAUCAAAGCCUCCAAGAAAUCGCUGCUGAACGGCUGUAAGUUGUUAGAGAGAAGCUGCAAAGCUCUGGCCUCCGUCCUCAGCUCGCAGUCGUCUAAACUGAGAGAGUUGGACCUGAGCGACAACGACCUGGGCGAUCCAGGAGUGGAGCUUCUCUGUGAUGGACUGAAAAGUCCAGACUGCAAUCUGCAGACUCUCAGACUUUCAGGCUGCAUGAUCACAAAGAAAGGCUGUGCUUCUCUGGCCUCAGCUCUAAGCUCCAACCCCUCCCACCUGAGAGAGCUGGACCUGAGCUACAACCAUCCAGGAGAGUCCGAAGCGAUGCUGCUGUCCACUGUGCAGAAGAAUCCGAACUUCACACUGAACCUCGACCACUGCGGAGAGCAGAGACUGAAAUCUGGUCUGAAGAAAUACGUCUGCGACCUCACACUGGACGGAAACUCUGCACACCGGAACCUCAAACUGUCUGAUGGCUCCACGAAGGUGACGACCGUCAAAGAGGCGCAGCCGUGCCGACACCACCCGGAUCGGUUUGACUGCUGGCUGCAGGUGCUGUGUGGCGCCGGUCUGAUGAGCCGCUGUUACUGGGAGGUGGAGUGGGAGGGCAGGGUGUACAUCGCGGUGACCUCCAGGGACAUCAGACGGCAGGGGAAGGGAUACGACGGCUGUCUCGGGAAGAACGACCACUCCUGGGCGCUGCUCUGUGACGACGAUGGCGGUUACUCUGUCUGGCACGAGGACAGAGAGACGCACAUCAGCCGGCUGUCGUCUCCGGCGUCCAGCAGAGUGGCGGUCUUUCUGGACUUUCCUGCCGGUAAACUGUCCUUCUACAAACUGGCCGACACGCUGAUCCACCUCCACACCUUCCAGAUCGCAACCACAGAGCCUCUCUAUCCUGCGUUUGGCUUCGGCUUCGGGAACGAACACGGAAGCUUCGGUUCGUCAGUGUCCUUAUGUGAGGUGGAAGACAACGUCCUUUCCUCCCGCUGCUGAGUGAAGACAGUCACAGGGUCAAUCUGUACGCAGGGAUUUAGGUUUUCUGUUGCAACAAUAGACUGUAUAUAAAUAAUGGACGUAGUCAGCUGUUGGUUUGUGGCACGUUUGAAGCAACGAGUUCGGCGUUGCGGCUGUCACCAUCUUGCUCUUUUGAAACCAGGAGAGACCAUAUCUGGACCGAGGAGGAGCGAGGACGGGUGUUCUUAAAAUAAGCUAUUUAUGCUAAAACUAAUUGUACAUUUAUUUGGCCAUUUUAUGUCUUUUGUUGCUUUUCUAUCACUUCUUUGGAAAUUUUGUGUCUUUCUUUUUGGUGUUUUUUUUGUCUUUUUUGGUCAUUUGUUGUUAUUUUGUGGGUAAUUUUUAAUUUUUUUUUGGUAAUUUUGUGUCCUAUUUGGUAAUUUUUUGUCCUUUUUUGGUAAUUUUGAGUCUUUAUUUGUCAUUGUGCAUUGUGUUGUUGCUCUUAUAUGACUUUUUAGGUAAUUUUGUGUCUUUUUUUAUAGUAUUUUUUGUUUUUUUUGGUAACUUUGUGUUGCUUUCUGAGUCAUCUUUACAUCUUUUACCACAGAAACUGAACAGCGACUCCUUGGAGUCUUUUAGUCCAACUGAACGCUGAAAAAGACAUUUUUUAAUGAACAAAAUGGAUCAAAGUUCUGUUUAGAUGUCCACGUUGCCAUGGAUACACAUUGUUUUGCUUGUAGCCUAAUGACAGCUCACCAUGUUAGCCACCUGUCAAUCAAAUCCCACCCUGCUUCAUCAUUUAUUUCCUUCAAAAUCGGACCAUUAUUUACACAUUAACAUCAGAUUGUCUUGAAAAAGACUUGAAACUAGAGAUUUAGAUCAGAAUGUUGCCACAAGAAUUUUUUUGAGGUAAAAAAUCAAGUAGACUCAGUUUGUAUUGAGAUAGAUUUACAACAGAUGUUGUGUGUCGCCCCCUGCUGGAGUUUUGAAGAAUUGCAGGCUGAAGGCACUUCCUGUUUGCUUCACUGCUCUCACCGAGAGGUUGCCUCCUGGUUUGAUUCUAGAGAGUGGAAAUAAAGUA